GUUAGCAACGUGCAGUCGUCAGUGAAAACGCCAAAACAAGCAUGUGAAAGUUUUUGCUAAUACUUUAAAAGCUAAUGAGCGUUGUUCUUUGUUCUCUAAAAUUCAAAUUAAUAGGUGUAGAUGACAUUUACACUGGAGGAUUAAACGGCGGAGGAAUUAAGGCGCAGCCAUGGAUGCUCCUGUGGUGGAGGCGGUGGAUGCCAAGGCAGAGCUGACCUCCCUGCUGGAGACAUGGGAGCACGAGCAGCAGGGCAGCACCGACAACCUUGUCUCCACCCUCACCAAAAUCUCUGAGCUGAUUGAGAAGGAAACAGAGGAGUAUCACAAAGCAGAUCCUGAUCCAUUUGAUGAUCGCCACCCAGGAAGAGCAGACCCAGAGUGCAUGCUGGGACAUCUACUCAAGAUCCUGUUCAAGAACGAUGACUUUACCAAUGCACUGCUGAACAGCUACGUGAUGACUAGCAGAGAGCUGUGUUUGAACACGGCUGCCUGUCGCCUGCUGCAGAACAUCAUGCCCGGUCUGGAGACUGCUGUGGUCUUCCAGGAGAAAGAGGGCCUGGUGGAGAAGCUGUUUUCUUGGGCCAGGGAGGCAGAGAGGCCCCUGUGUACCUAUGCUACAGGCCUGCUGGCCAGAGCCAUGGAGAACCAGGAGAUCGCUGCCAACUACCGUGAAGAAAACUCUGCUCUGGUGCCACUGAUGGUGCAGCGGCUACGUGAGCUGCUGGACAAGGAGGACCAGGAUCAUCAGGGGCUGAAGAAGACUGAGAAUCCCCCGGACUCCCUGCCCCCUGAAGAAGAGGCGGCAGAGAAGGAGGAGGGGCAGAGUCCGAGGAAAGAGGAGGAGAGCAGCAGAGAAAGACCAGUGUUCAAUGCCAGAUCCAGACCGUCUUUCCAACUGGGUUUAGCCCAGAAGACCAGCAGCCGCGUGGCUGGCAGUGUGAAGCCCACCCCAGACCCUUUGUACCUGGCUGCCACCCCAGAGCUGAGCCUGGGGGAGGCUGAGGCCAGGCCGGCCACUACGGGAGUCCUUGGAAAGAGGAAAGCUCCGUUAAGGGAGAACGGGAGGAAGGCCAAACAGAAACUGAACUUCCUCUCCGAGCCUGAGGCCGGGGCUGAGGCCGGGGCUGGGGCCGAGGCUGGGGCUGGGGCCGGAGCCGGCCCGGACUCUGGGCAGGAGCUGGAGAGGAGUGCCAGCGAGCAGCUGGUUAACAGCAGCUGGUCUGAGAUGAGCUCCUGGGUGAUAGGGAACAAUUACCGUCUGUUCCCCCUCACCCCCGCCAUGGAACAACGCCUCAUCCUCCAAUACCUCACCCCACUGGGGGACUACCAGGAGCUGCUGGCUGUCUUCAUGCAGUUGGACACCAGAGAACUGCUCAUGCACUACAUCGACCUCAAACACUCCAGCGAUGUCCAGCUGACCUUUGAGGCUCUCCUGUACCUGGCCUCCCUGCUCCUGCAUAAGAAGUUUGCUGCCGAGUUCAUCUCUCACGGAGGGGUUCAGAAGCUGCUGGAGAUCCCUCGGCCCUCCAUGGCAGCUACAGGAGUCUCUCUGUGUCUCUACUACCUAGCCUACAACCAGGAUGCCAUGGAGAGGGUGUGUAUGCUGCAGGACUGGGUGCUGUCGGACAUGGUGGCCUACGCCCUGUGGCUCCUGGAGUGCUCCCACGCCUCAGGCUGCUGCCACGCCACCAUGUUCUUCUCCAUCUCCUUCUCCUUCAGAGCCGUCCUCCAGCUGUUCGACCAGCAGGACGGACUGCGACGCCUCGUCAACCUGGUCAGCACCCUGGAGAUCAUGCGGAGUGCCGAGGAGCAGGUGUCUGUGCUGAGCGACGACCAGGUGUUCUCCAGCAGGCAGACGGCCAAGCACACCUGCAUGGCCCUGCGCAGGUACUUCGAAGCCCACCUGGCCUGCAAGGUGGAGCAGGUCAAACAGUCCCUGCAGCGCUCCGAAGGGGGCGCUCUCGUUCACCCUCAGCCCUCCUUCAAGGCAUGCACCUACAGUCGUGAGCAGGUGGUGGAGAUGAUGGAGUUCCUGAUCGAGUGCGGUCCUUCUGAGCUCCAGUGGGAGCCCGUGGAGGUUUUCCACAAGCUCACCUGCAUACCUCUCAUGCUGCAGCUCAUCUCCAUAGCGUGUGACUGGAGGACCUACUAUGGCAGGAGUGACACGGUGCGCUAUGCCCUGGACAUCCUGGCCAUCUUGACGGUGGUCCCCAAAGUGCAGCUGGUCCUCGCGGAGACGGUGGACGUGUUCGACGAAGGCGGCUCCACCGUCUGCACUGUGGGCGUGAGCAUCAUCUUGGGCGUGGCCGAGGGGGAGGCGUUCGUGAGCGACGCCGAGAUCCAGAAGUCGGCGCUGCAGGUGAUCACCAACUGCGUCUGCGCCCCCGACCAGAGUCGCUCGGCCGUGGGCAUCUACCUGGCCGCCACGCCCCUGCGGCCGCAGCUCCACCCCCACCAGGCGCCCCCCGCCCCGGAGAGCGUGCUGUCCAAGAUGUGGCAGGUGGUCCAGUCCAACAACGGCAUCAAGGUGCUGCUCUCCCUGCUGACGGUGAAGAUGCCCAUCACGGACGCAGACCUGAUCCGGGCGCUGGCCUGCAAGGCCCUGGUGGGCCUGUCGCGCUGCGGCGCCGUGCGUCAGAUCAUCGGCAAGCUGCCCCUGUUCAGCGGCGGGCAGCUGCAGCAGCUGAUGAAGGAGCCCAUGCUGCAGGACAAACGCAGCGAGCACGUGCGCUUCUGCCGCUACGCCGCCGAGCUCAUCGAGAGGGUCUCGGGCAGGCCCCUGCUCAUCGGCACCGACGCGUCGUUGGCCCGUCUGCAGAGGGCCAGCGUGGUCGCCCAAUCGCGGAUCACCUUCCCCGAGAAGGAGCUGCUGAUGCUGAUCAGGAACCACCUGGUGGCCAAGGGUCUGCUGGACACGGCCAGCGCCCUCACCAGGGAGGCCCAGCUCCCCAGCUCCGCCCUCCUCGCCCCCUUCUCGCACCCCUGCGCCUCGCCCUACCCCGCUCUCGCCGGCGGCCUCCUCUCCUCCUCGUCCUCCUCCGCCGCGCUCCCGAGGACGCCGCGGCUAGCCAACGGCAUCGCGGCGCACCUCGGCGCCCACGCCAGCCAAUCGGCCGCCGCCUCGUCCGCCUCGGCGUCUGUCCUGCCGCAGCCGCACCCCUCCUCCGCGGCGGCCCCUCCCCACGGCCAAGGCUUGCCGCUGGUUGGCCGGAUCCUGUUCUCGCGGGAGAGGCCGGGGUGCAGCCCGCCCGAGUGCGUGGGGAGGAAGCCCCGCGUGCUGCGCCAGAAGUCCGACCACGGGGCGUUCAUCCAGAGCCCAGCCAUGAAGAAGCAGCUGGACAGGCACCUGCCCUCCCCCCCCGCCCUGGACGGCAUCAUCACCGAGUACCUGAGGGAGCAGCACGCUCGCUGCCGUAACCCCGUCACCACCUGCCCCCCCUUCUCCCUCUUCACCCCCCACCAGUGCCCCGAGCCCAAGCAGAGGCGCCAGGCGCCCACCAACUUCACCAUGCGCCUGUCCAACCGCGUGCUCUACCCCAAGUACGGAGGGGUGGACGGGGGCAGCCUGGACAGGCAUCUCAUCUUCAGCAGGUUCCGUCCCAUGUCGGUGUUCCGGCAGGCGGAGGAGAGCGUGAGCGUGUUCACCUGCUGCGCGUUCUCGGCGCGUGAGCGCUUCCUGAUGCUGGGCACGUGCACGGGCCACCUGAAGCUCUACAACAUCUACACCGGCCUGGAGGAGGCCAGCUACAGCUGCCACAGUCACAGCUACAGCACCAUCACACACCUGGAGCCCGCCAGGGAUGGCUCGUUGCUCCUCACUUCGUCUGCCUGGAGCAUCCCCAUGUCAGCUCUCUGGAGCAUGGACUCUGUCUUCGUCAUGAAGCACUCGUUCUUGGAGGACAACUAUGUGGAGUUCAGCAAGCUCUGUCAGGACCGAGUCAUUGGCACCAAAGACCAGAUAGCGAACAUCUACGACAUCCACACGGGCCAGAAGACCCUGACCCUGAACGACGCAGGAUUGGCCAGCAACUACAAGAGGAACUGCGCGACCUUUGACCCCACCGACGAACUGGUGCUGAACGACGGCGUGAUGUGGGACGUGCGCUCGGCGAGGGCCGUCCACAAGUUUGACAAGUUCAACAUGAACGUCAGCGGCGUGUUUCACCCCAACAGACUGGAGGUUAUCAUCAACACUGAGAUCUGGGACUUGAGGACGUUCCAUCUGCUCCACACUGUGCCAGCCCUGGACCAGUGCAGGGUGGUCUUCAACAACAACGCCACAGUCAUGUAUGGAGCCAUGAUGCAGGAUGCCGAGGACGUGGAUGUCAGGGUGAUGGGCAUCGACCAACAGAUGAAGAGUCCCUUCGGUUCCUCCUUCAGAACCUUUGACGCCACAGACUACAAGCCCAUUGCCACAGUUGAUGUCAAAAGGAACAUUUUCGACUUGUGUACAGACACUAAAGACUGCUACCUGGCUGUCAUUGAGAACCAGGACCCUCCCAGCAUGGACACAGUGUGUCGUCUGUAUGAGGUGGGCCGACAGCGGCUGGCAGAGGAAGGGGACGAGGACGAGGAUCAGGACGACGACGAUCAGGACGACGACGACGAGGAUUCGGACGACGAAGAUGACGACGACCUAGAUGACCUGGAUCUGGACACGGACCCUCUCAUGGCUGAAUUAGCCAAUGCCAACGGGGAGGACGGCGGGCAUUUAGACUCCUCCCCCUCGGAUGACGAAGUGGUGGCUCGGCUCCUGGAAUCUAUCGGCGAUGACGACGACGACGACGACUCGGACGCCAACUUGCUGGACCUGGAGAACAGUGACAGCUCCGACAGCUCGGGCAACACUGACACCUCCGACCUGGAGGACCAGCUCCUGCUCUCCUUUGAUGACUGACGAACACGAACACACAGGGGCCACAGAAGAACACCUAGCUCCCUCUGGUGGACUGGAAGACCAUCUGCGAAAGUGAAUCUGAUGGAUCUGAACUGGACUGUUUGAAAUAAAUCCGAUUGUGAAGCCAGGGGAGUGAGUGGUGGGGGCUAGGCCACAACGGGCUUCAUCUUCUCAGGGUUAUGUGGCUGCGGCUGGGGCUGGGCCGGUGGGUGGAAUAGGUUGUCGGAAAUGUACACAUUUCUGAAAGAAUUCAGAAUUGUGUCACAAGGGGACACUACAUGAAAAGGGGUUGUCGAGAAAGAAAAGGAAAUCUCCCCUCCCAUUCCCCAUAAUUUUAUUUUUAUUUUUCGAGGUCAGUUUGUUAAUUUUGUUUUUAACUUUGCUUUUUAUUUAUUGUUUUGGAACUGACAUUUUUGAGUGGGAGUAGCAAUGUCAUAGCAGGCAGCUACAAUGUAGUCCAGUCAGUGGAAGCUGGUUUUAUAGAUACGACAGCCCAUUGAAUUCCACAGCUCUUCAAACGCCGUCUCACAUGGUGUAUCACAGUGUUGGUGUGUGAAGACCUCCAAGUUAUGCGGGCCUUUGGACCUGCUGGAGAGCUUUCAGUGUUAAUUUAUGGACAUCUAUUUUGAUUCAUGUUAUGGUCGUAUGAUGGUGACAAUGUGAAUCAGUGUUGUGGUAUACUAGUGAACUGAAUGCCAGACUCCUGCAGGUCUGUGCUGUUUGGUAUAUUAGUGCUGUACUCUUCUCACACUAAACCAGGCAGAGCCGAAGCCAGCUGUGCUAUUCUAGCCUGGCAACAGAGGCUUUUGGAAAAGUGUGCAGAGGAGACAAAACUCAGUUUGGUAUGAUGUGAGGUUAUUGUGUUGCUAAACAAGGGGAACAGAUUUCACACACAGUUUGAGAAGCUUUUCAUAGCAAAGAACAAGCAAUAAAGCCUAAUGUGGCUUUUCCAUUUUCUCUGUUAUGGAUGAACACAUGAUCCCUGACCUUCACCCUGUCACUCCCUUGACAGAUGGGACUGGUAGAAGCAAUGAACUAUUGGUAGACAUACCACUGACCCAUCAGUUGCUUGUCUACACCUGUCCGAUCUUCUCAUAUGUAAGUGUGAAUGGGGAUAUAAGGGUUGUUUUGUAACGCUGCCUCCUCCCCUCGCCACACCUCUCCCUGUUGGGGAGCAACUGGGCACACUCGCUCUUUGUUUUGACCUUUGUUUUGGACAGGUGCUUUUUUAAGUUGUCCUUAUUUGCAAAGGGCUUCAAUAUACAUAUCUUAAAAGCUGUCCUGUUAUAGAGUAACUCUAUUUUGAUAUGUAAGAAAAUAAAAGUAAAA